CUGGGUUGCUGCUGGCCAGCUUUACUCCCAGAAAGAACAUUGUGGUGGGUAUGGCAGGGCUCGCGUGCUUAGGCACUUGCUGCAUCCUGGAGGCAUCUUUCCCGGAGGGCAGCCAGCAUCUGGGGAAAUUCUAUGUAACAUGAAGCCAUUUAAAACCGUCACAGAUUUCUGCCAGGUGUGGAGGCUCACACCUGUAAUUCCAGCACUUCGGGAGGCUGAGCAUGAUCUCCUUCUGUCCAGACUGUGGCAAAAGUAUCCAAGCGGCAUUCAAGUUCUGCCCCUACUGUGGAAAUUCUCUGCCCACAGAGGAGGAGCAUGUGGGGUCCGAAACCUCUGUCAGUUCACAUGUGUCAUCCUUCCGAGCCAGCCUGGACUCCCCUGCUUGGAGGAGAUAUAUGUGCAGCCUGCCUGCUUGGCACCUGCAGGCUCAAAGAGAGGGCUGAACUCCAGUUUUGAAACCUCUCCUAAGAAAGUGAAGUGGUCCAGCACCGUCACCUCUCCCCGAUUAUCCCUAUUCUCAGAUGGUGACAGUUCUGAGUCUGAAGAUACUCUGAGUUCCUCUGAGAGAUCCAAAGGCUCCGGGAGCAGACCCCCAACCCCCAAAAGCAGCCCUCAGAAGACCAGGAAGAGCCCUCAGAAGACCAGCUGCAGCCCUCAGAAGACCAAGCAGAGCCCUCAGAAGACCAGCUGCAGCCCUCAGACGCUGAAGCGGAGCCCUCAGACGCUGAAGCGGAGCCGGGUGACCACCUCACUUGAAGCUUUGCCCACAGGGACAGUGCUGACAGACAAGAGUGGGCGACAGUGGAAGCUGAAGUUCCUCCAGACCAGGGACGACCAGGGCAUUCUCUAUGAAGCUGCACCCACCUCCGCCCUCGCCUGUGACUCGGAACUCCAGAAGCAAAAGUUCUCGCUCAAACUGGAUGCCAAGGAUGGGCGCUUGUUCAAUGAGCAGAACUUCUUCCAGCGGGCCGCCAAGCCUCUGCAAGUCAACAAGUGGAAGAAGCUGUACUCGACCCCGCAACUGGCCGUCCCUACCUGCAUGGGUUUCGGUGUUCACCAGGACAAAUACAGGUUCUUGGUGUUACCCAGCCUGGGGAGGAGCCUUCAGUCGGCCCUGGAUGUCAGCCCAGAGCAUGUGCUGUCAGAGAGGUCUGUGCUGCAGGUGGCCUGCCGGCUGCUGGAUGCCCUGGAGUUCCUCCAUGAGAAUGAGUAUGUUCAUGGAAAUGUGACAGCUGAAAAUAUCUUUGUGGAUCCAGAGGACCGGAGUCAGGUGACCUUGGCAGGCUAUGGCUUCGCCUUCCGCUAUUGCCCGAGUGGCAAACAUGUGGCCUACGUGGAAGGCAGCAGGAGCCCUCACGAGGGGGACCUUGAGUUCAUUAGCAUGGACCUGCACAAGGGAUGCGGGCCCUCCCGCCGCAGCGACCUCCAGAGCCUGGGCUACUGCAUGCUGAAGUGGCUCUACGGGUUUCUGCCAUGGACAAACUGCCUUCCUAACACUGAGGACAUCAUGAAGCAAAAACAGAAGUUUACUGAUAAGCCGGGGCCCUUUGUGGGACCCUGCGGUCAUUGGAUCAGACCCUCAGAGACCCUGCAGAAUUACCUGAAGGUGGUGAUGGCCCUCAAGUACGAGGAGAAGCCGCCCUACGCCGUGCUGAGGAACAACCUAGAAGCUCUGCUGCAGGAUCUGCGUGUGUCCCCAUAUGACCCCAUUGGCCUCCCGAUGGUGCCCUAGGUGGAAUCCAGGUGGGAAGAGCUUAAUUUUCCAUUUGCAGUGUGCAACAGAAAGAAAAAAAAAAUGAAGCAAUGUGACUCAAGGCCUGCUGUUUAAUCACAGAUAAGCUUCUAGAACAAGCCCUGGAAUGUGCAUUCCUGCCACUGGUUUCGGGAUACUCAUCAGUCCUGAUUAGCCUCAGGGAGACCCCCCGUUUCCCUCCAGUGAAUGUGAAGUUCCCCGUCUGGGUGGCCUGCCCUUCAGCCAGUGUCCUAGCAAAGCUGGAUGGGGUUGGGCCGGCCCCCAGGGGGGACCCCUGCUACCCUUGACACCUCUGUGCUUUGGUAAUAAAUUUUUUACCAGAGCUUAAGGAA